AUGGCAGAACCAGGCCCUGCCAUCGCCCACCUCCGCACAAACAAAUGGGCAAAUAACCUCAUCACCUCCCCAGACUACAAAGCCAUCCCCACCGACUCGCGCCGCCUAAAGCCUUCAACUGGCGAGGAUGGCUACUUCGCCCAAACCCUCAACACACCCUCCACAAUACCACACUGCCUAACACUCCAACGGCAGAAUAUCCAACCCGCUCCAAGCACACCCCCACCCUGGCUCCCCGCAAAACAAGAUGCUUCAAAUCCCACCCCAGGCCCCAACCCAGCAGAUAUCGUCAUGAUCUUCGAUCUGCGCAGCCCCGGUCUAUCGGGACAUCCUUUCACAGUGCACGGCGGGAUUGUGGCAACACUCAUUGACGAGGCAAUGUCGCUGGCUGUUGCGGCGCAUACGAACACACCGACUGCAAAUGCGGGUGUGGAUGAUAACCCGCGUGGAGCGAUAUUCACGGCGCAAUUGGAUGUAAGGUAUCGGAAGCGGGUGGUGACGCCUGCUCUGUUGGUUAUCAAGGCCAGGGUUGUAGGGAGGGUUGGGAAGAAGUUUUGGGUCAGGGCUCAGGCAUUGCAGGAGGAUGAGGACAGUAGUGGGGGGCAUUUGGAGUGGGUGAGUAGGAAGGUUGUCAAGGCCGAUGCUAUGGCGUUUUGGAUUGUCACGUCUGAGUCGAAGUUGUGA